CCUCUACAAUAUAAAAAAAUAGAUAAACUAGAUAAAUUGGAAAUAAGAACAGGUUGACCAUAGAAGAGAUAAUAAAUCAGAGACGAUAGUUGUGGCUUAAGUAAUUGUUAUAAGGAAUUUUUAAUGCAAUCGUAUUUACAUAAGAGUAUUUAAAUCGAAUUUAUUUCUUUUCUGCACAUUCGACUUUAGCUAGUGGCUUGAGUGCGUCGCUAGCAGCAUUUAUUUACCUUGACAUCAUUUCAUAAAUUAAUUCAAAUUACUCUACGUGUGCAAGAGUAAAGAAGAUUUUUAUACAUUAUUCAACAAGACAUACAUUGUAAGAGUAAGCAGCAGAAAUGGCAGAAGUAGAACAGUUUACAGAUAUAAAACUCUCCGUACCUUGGGGUCAUGUUGCUGCCAGAACUUAUGGCUCUCCCACAGGAAAGCCAGUCUUAGCAGUACAUGGUCGUCUAGAUAAUGCAGGAACAUUUACUAGAUUGAUGAAAUAUUUACCAAAAGAAUUAUUUUAUUAUGUGUGCAUAGAUUUACCUGGCCAUGGAUGGUCAUCACAUUUUCCAUCUUGGAUGAUAUUAGACGUUAUGGAUUAUGCACAUGCAUUAUAUUUUAUCUUGGAAGUGCUUCAAUGGAAAACAUUUAUUUAUCUAGGACACAGUUUGGGAGCACAAAUAGGUACAAUCUUCAGUGUUCUUCACCCAAACAGAAUCGAGAAGCUAAUUUCUUUUGAUGGGAUUCUUCUGAAUCCUACAAAUAACAAACUUACAACUUAUUUUAAGAAUGCAUCUGCAUUCUCAGUAAAAGCUUAUCAUGAAGAAAAAUCGUUGUCUUUUACUAGAGAAGAAAUAUUACAUGCUCUUAAGACUUUUAGAAUUGGAGUUUUGAAUUCUGAAGCUGCUGAUGCGUUGUUUGAGCGUGCAGUUACAGAAGUAAAUGGAAAGUAUAUCUAUAACAGAGAUAUACGAUUAAAAAAUCACCCUUUUUCAUUUAUGCGUAUAAAAGAAUGUCAGAAGUUUAACAACGUGUUUUCAGUUCCAAUAUAUUUCUUUAUUCCAUCUCACGGUAUUAUAUCUCCAUAUAAAGAAUUUAUUAUGCAAGUAUCGGAAUUAAUAAGGGUUAAAACCAUGAUAGAAGUAAUUUAUGUAGAUGGAAAUCAUGACGUUCAUAAUAAUAACCCUGAAAAAGUUGCACCAUUUGUGUGUAAAAUAUUAAAUGACUAUUCUAGCAAACUGUAAA